AUGUCUACUGGUUCGAAUGACAUUUCUAAAUUACAGCAAUCCUUGUCACACCUGGGACAGCCUUUCCAUAAACAUAUAGACCACGCGGAGAAACCAAUACCUGAACUAGACAAUCGAAAUACAAUCGACGAUGGUGAUCUCGACUACGAUUCGUACAGCGAAGAUUAUGGUUACGAUAUGGAUGAAUUUGAUAGUAUAAACUAUAGUGAAGAAUUAUUGAAUGCACAGUGGCAAUGGGAGCAGUCUUUAGAGCAAUUAAAACAAGUUGUAAAUUGGUUAGUCCUUCCCUUAGUUGGGAAGCUGCUUGGCAGAAGAGCAGCCGGUAUCAUCUGGAGCCGGUUUAUGGCGUGGUGGUGGGUGAGUUAA